CUUAUCUUUCUUCUUAACAGUCGUCAAAUAGUUUGUAAUACAUCAGUUAAUUUUAAAGCUUCUUGUAAUACAGUUCAAUUUUCUUCAAACUGUCGAAAUGGCUAAAAACGAAAUCCAGAUCAAUGGCGAGCUGGAGAAAUUCAUGCCACCAGCAAAAGAAGAACAGAAUGUCGACAUUGUGGAAAAAUGCAUGGGUGUUAUGGGUCGGUGGCAAAUACUUAUUUGUGUUUCAGUAUUUCUGUGCAAACUUCCAAUCGCAUGGCAUCAACUAAAUAUUGUACUACUCGCUCCUCCUACAGAAUUUUCGUGUGCGGAGAAUAUGACUGAGAAGUGCUCGUCUAAUUGCUCCGAUAUUGUUUUUGAUAGAUCGAUAUUUACCAACACGAUACAAAUGGAGUGGAAUUUGAUUUGCGAUAGAUCACAAUUGGUAAAUUUUGCACAAACAAUUACAAUGUUGGGAAUCCUUAUUGGAAAUUUUAUUUUUGGAUUAUUAUCAGACAAAUUCGGACGUCGUAACCCACUGAUAUGGGCCGUCAUUAUACAACUAAUAUCUGGGACGGCAACUGCAUUUGCCCCAUGGUUCUGGCUGUUUUUAUUGCUAAGAUUCAUUUCAGCCGCUGCAACCGGUGGAACUAUGGUCACUUCUUUCGUACUCGUUAUGGAAAUUACUGGGAUCAAAUGGAGGACCACGUUAGGCAUACUGUACCAAGUUCCGUUUAAUGUGGGCCACUUAUCCCUGGCACUGAUCGGCUACCUCAUUCGAGAUUGGCACUACGUUCAGUUGGCGAUCACUCUACCUUCCCUGCUGUUAAUAUCGUACUACUGGAUCAUCCCCGAGUCGCCUCGAUGGUUGUUGGCACUUGGUCAACCCGAAAAAGCAAUCAAAGUGAUGGAGAAGGCGUGUCGCUUUAACAAAUUAGAGACGAGCUCUAUUACUGAAGAUGUACACAUUUAUAUGAAGAAACAUAGCAUCGAGCAAGCUACGGGAACGUUCAUGGAUCUGGUGCGCACCAAAAGUAUGAGAGUAAAGUCAAUAUCGAUCUUCUAUAACUGGGUCGUUUGCGGCCUUUGUUUCUUCGGAGGCGCACAGUACAUGGGCCAACUCGGCGGUAACGUAUUUGUCAAUAUUGCUAUGUCUGCCGUAAUACAAAUACCGGGAACAAUAUUUUCAAUUUGGUUCAUGCAGUCCAUUGGAAGGCGAUACACUUUGAUGGGUUCCGAUUUUUUGGCGGGUUUGUCGUUUCUCUUAAUCAGUUUUGUACCGGAAGACGCUCACUGGCCUAGAGUACUACUGGGCACACUCGGAAUGUUUGGACUAUCCGUCUGCUUUCCCACCGUGUACAUCUAUUCGGGGGAGUUAUAUCCAACUGUUAUCAGAAACAUUGGAGUUGGUACUUCGUCUAUGUUCGCCAGGGUGGGAUCAAUGCUGGCACCUUUCGUUGCCGGACUUGCAUCUUAUCAACCUUGGUUAGCUCCUGCCAUUUUCGGAAUUGUGCCCUUAAUCGGCGCUGCGUUGUGCUACUAUUUACCAGAAACCAAAAAUUGCGUACUACCUGAAACAUUGGAGGACGCUGAAAAAUUUUCAAGGCAACGCAAAGGUAGCGUUGCACCAGGGCUUGAUAGUACGAUUCAGUUUGAGGCUCGCUCGUAGGCCAAAUUCAAACUUUGUGAUUAAUAUAAUUAAGAUACUGUGUUUGUAUGUUCCUUUUUUGUACUUUGUAAAUAGAUUUAUGAAAAUAAUGUAUUUCUAGUUAUCAAUGAUAAAUAAAAUUUUUAUUGUUCGGUACUUAUUCA